AUGGAUGAUUCGGGAACACAUGAUCCUCUUGAAGUGGCAACAUUUAUGAAAAACACAGCAUUAGUCGAAAUAAAGGAAACACUAAAGAAGAAGGAUACUGUUCAGAGCGUCCACUUUGAUCAAUGCGCAUGCGUGAAUGAGGAUGCGAUUCGAGAAUUAGUGGCGAUCCUUAACCCGCGAUUAAAAAGCCUGUGUGUCGUCUGCAUACCAGAUUUUACAAACAAUGCUGUGGCGAUCUUAUCAGAGCGAUGUCGUGAUUUGGAGUAUGUACGAUUUGACUCGUGCCCUCGCCUUGAUCGCUCUUCCUUCGAGCUGUUAGGAACCAACUGUAAGAAUUUGAAAUCGGUGAUCUUCUCACGGGAAGAUGGCGUGGAAUGGAAGUUAGUGGAUUCUGCGUUAGAUGCCUUAACAAAGUACUGUAAGGCUUCUCUCGAAGUGAUCAGCUUUGUGAGCUUCACACGCCUCACUGAUAAUGGACUUCGAAGUUUAAGCAAACAAUAUAGUGAUAGUUUGAACAAGGUUGAUUUUAGCUCAUGUGAAGCAAUUAGUGAUGAUGGACUUUACGCGUUGGCUGGUACUUGCACCAAACUGAAGCAUCUUGCUCUAAACAGGACUAGCAUUUCUGAUAAGGGUCUUGCCUACCUGGCUGAGAAGCGACGGGAUCUCUUAGAGUUGGAAGUAGGUAACUGCAUUCGGGUGACAGAUGCUGGAAUUCGAAGCCUUGCUCGAUUCUGCCACUCCCUUGAAUCAAUCAGCGUCGAGCACUGUAUCCAGAUAACUGAUGAAGCCUUAAAGGCACUAUCGGAAGGGUGCUUUCAACUCCAAAGGCUUAACUUUAGUCAGACCGGUCUGACAUGCGUGCCCAGUACUAUACUCAGCCUUGGCAGACUCAAAAACUUCCAGGUCCAUAUGUGCAAAGAGCUGAGUUCACCACCACAAGAAAUCAUCGAACGAGAAGUCGAUGGCUUGGUGGAUUAUUUCUGUGAGAGGAGCCUUGGCUUCAGACUUCGGUUGAUGGUGUUUGGACCUAGUGGCGGUGGUAAAACUAGCUUUGUUCAAUCCAUCUGCUCAGGAGUAGCACAGAAAGCAGAAUCACCUACUGAUGGAUUGGAUGUAACAUGUUGGUGGCCUUUCAGGGGAACCAAGAACGAUUCUCUGUUUCAACAUAAACUAACGGCCGGUGAGAGGAGCCUAGCAGUGGAAAUCUGGGAUCUCUCUGGAAGGCCAGUAUGUCAGCGAUGUCUUCACAUGUUCAUUACACCUGCUACUCUGCCAGUAAUUAUAUUUAACUUAGCUGAUUCUGAGAGCUGUGAUGCCGUAGUUCAGUAUGCUGACUUCAUACAGAGUAGGGUCCCAGGUGGGAACUUUGUCCUGGUAGGAACCCAUUCUGAUGAACUGUAUGCAGAGGAUAAGCGAAGUGGUCAAUCAAGAAGAGUACUUGAAGCUCUCAAUACUAGAAACGCUCAGUACAUAAAGGUCUACAAAGAAGAAAUAGCAAACAUUGAGAAGUUAUCGGGUAAGAAGACUCAACAGCAUUGUAAAGAUCGCAUCCAACAUCUUAAAAAGAGAUUGGAAGGACUACCAAAAGGUCCUCCACAACUCAUCACUGUCAGCACUCUAACAUCAAAGGGUCUUGAAGAAGCCAAGAAAGCAAUCCUAAGUACGAUCUUAGACAAGAAGAACUUCCCACAUCUUCGCUAUGACGUCAGACCAGAGACAACCAAGGUCUUUGAAGAAAUUCUUACUCUCCGGAAGAAAAAUGUCCUUCUGGUUCCCAAGCAUGAACUCGAUGCAAUCUUCAAACAAAAUGGCGUUCUGUCAUCAGCGGAAGGUAGCAAAGAUGAUGUUCAAUUCUUACAGGAUGCGGGAGCGAUCUACCCCUUUGCUUUCCCGACCGCCCGAGGAUCGGCAUAUAGCUCUGACAUCAUCUGCGUUGACCCAACAUCGAUGGCCCGUGCAUUACACGCAGUUCAUCUCGAUACCAGUUCUAAAGAUUUCCGUUUUGAGAGUAAGAGGUUCUGGCCUAAGGCUGCUACCACUAAGAAACCGGCACCAUCCGUUCUAGUUAAAGCAUUAGAAGAGGUAGCUACCCAAGGUCGUGUUAGAGAAUGCCUUCUUCCACUCCUAUGCCAGUCCCUACAACUUGAUGAAUCUCAGAUUCUUCAUUUGAUUGACCUACUUACCAAACUUGGUGUUCUUCUCAAGGAAACCAAGGAAUCUACUGAUGAUCAAUUCUCAUGUCUAGAGCUUCCUAGCUAUAGAUCUCUAUCUACUAGACUUGUCUACCAUCUUCCUCUGCUUGGACUCAUGCCACAGAAUGGACCGACAUUGAAUUGGACUCCGAAGCCCUUCCGUGGUGAUGUGCAGCUUGGAUGGAGAUAUAGGUUCCAACUCGGUACUCCACCUGGUCUAGUGGCACAGCUUCUUGCUUAUUGCAGAUCUAGAGUUAGGCAAACUUCUUACCAACAUCAAUGGAGAUCGGGACUCUUACUUAAAAUUGGACAGGCUCUAGUGAAUAUCAAUGAACCUGAGAUGACCGAGUAUUGUCCAUGUCUUGAUGUUGUUGGACGUGUUACAUCUGAUCUUGAUGAAGAAGGAGAUCAGAGAGCUACUGAGCUCAUCUGGGGAGCCAUCGCAAGAGUUCUUCUUAUUACUCAACAGUUUCUUCGAGAAUGGCCUGGAUUCUAUAACAUGGUUACUAUAACCCCAUUCAACAUGUUCUAUACAUGUAGUAGUUCAGAGAUUGAUGUAGCACCCGAGGUUCCUCUGCAGCUCUGCUUACAUACCUUGUUCACUGGAAACACUUCUAUCAACCUAUCACAGAAUGGAGCCAGCUAUGAGAUUGAUCUAGGACUUAUGUUCCCAACCCUUGGGGAACCAUCUCAAUCUGUUCAUGAAUGGCUAGAAACCUUAGCUCUUUCUGCUACUGAUGGCAAUGAAACAUGUCCAAGUCCAAUCUCAGAGACGCCCUCUACUCUACCUGAUCCAAGUAGACUCUCAGAAGAAGUCACAGGUAGCUCAGACUCCACACCACAAAAGGAAUCCAGUGAUGGUGCAUCAAGGGAUUCAUCAUCUCCAAUGGCUAAAGAUAAGAAGGUAGCUAAGAAGAAACCAGUAGAGAUCAAGUGGGAUCUAGUUGAAGAAAACACAACAAAGAUUAGUGAAGAGGAUGAGAUCAAGGAAGCAAGGAGGGUCGCCAAGGCUUUUGUAGCAGUCAUUCUUGCUGAAUCAAUGGCAAAAUACAUCUAUGAACAUGAAGGCAAUUCCAAUGGUCAUGCCCCUGGUGCUACUACCUCAAGUAGGAGUGCACGUCAUGCUGCUGCUAAAGCAUCAGCUGAAGCUGCCAGAGCUGCUCAGAGUGGCGAUGCUGAAGCAGCAGCUAAAGCUGUCAUUGCUGCGGUGAAGGCUGUUGAAGAUGUGACAAAUCCAAGGAAGAAUCAUACCAGAAUUAAAAGCCCAGUCAAGAGUAAAAUGUGCAUCAUCUUGUGAGUGUUCUAAAAGACUCAAAUUGCACUAUAGGUUGCAAUAUUGGUGCAAAAUACUGCUUGGUUAGAAGAGGUCUAGCGCAUUGCUGAUUCUGCUAAGUGUGUUAUUGUUGCAGAUUGGCUAAUAUUGUUAGAAUCAACAACUAUAAGUUCCUUUCCAUAUGUAUAUUGUUAUCUGUUGUGGUAAUUCCUGGAGAAGGUUAUCGUGUAUGACUUGACAAUUAUAGUUAAGAUAAAAAGGAUCAAUUAAGAUGACGAUAUCAGUAAAAUUACUUUCUCUUGAGUCACCAGGGUAUGUCAAUUUGGAUAAGAAAAACUAUCUUGCCAAUGGGGUACAAUAUUAGCAACAAGUAUAUAAAAAAUACAAAUUGGCUCAGUUUUGAAAAUAUAUCCUUCUGUUUAGUGAAGCCAAUAUAUUUUAAGAACACAGACAGAUACAUGUGUAUCUAUUUCUUUUAAUCUGCAUGAAUGAGAAGAGAGGGAGAAGGAAACAAAGAAUUCAAGCAAAAGGGGAACUUGGUCCAAUUAUCAGACAUCAGUUAGAAAAAAACAAUUAGCUAAAGGUAUUGUCCUCUGACUGGAAUAAAGACUAGAAAAUAUUCAACAUUUGUAAGUAUGAUAAGGAGGUUAGCAAAUCUCUUGGGAAUUAUUGAUCAAUCUGAUUUAGCUGCCUUCAAGAGAACCCAUUUCUCAGAGUAUUAUAUGAGUAGAAUAAUGAUAAAGUAGCAAGCCUAAUACUUUUUUUGGUUGAUAAAUGUGCGAGGUUUAAAGUGUACAAAUAUGACUUGUAUUUAAUCGGUUUUAUAUCAUGUAUAUUUUGUAAUUACACAGAUUCUUAUUAUUUUACUAGAGUAGAAUUAUAACAUUGGUUUCAGGGGCUGUGGAAGGGGGGGGGGGGGUGGGGCUGGGCUGAGUGGGCUUCAGUUAUCCACUUUUUUUUCCCAAAAGCAUAUACAAAAAUGUAAAAAUGACCAUCUGAUUGUGAUUUUUUGCAUGGUCAGCCCCUAACUUACGCCCCCCUAUUUUAAAAUUCAUUCUGUGGCCCCAGGGUUUGUACAAAGUGAAUGUCUUUAAACGGUCAGUGAACCUAUUAAAGUGGGUGUAAUAUGAACAGUGUACUUUGGGGCUAUACUGCAAGGAUUAUUGUGUUUUCUUCAAAAUGUAUAGGAUAAAGCUUUCAAUUGAAAAUGAUUAGCUAACAAAGAAAUAAAUACAUGCAAAAUGAAUGAAUUACAAGCUGUAUAAAUUAAGAAUAAUGAUAUGUAAAAUAAAGUACUAUCGGUAAAAAAAGUUAUUUCUAAGGAAUAUCAAUAGUUACCAGAUAAUAAAUACCAUAUUUUCUAGUGAGGAGUUUGAGCCCUAACCCACCAGUAUACUUGUAGUUUCUAAAAUUUAUUUUUAACAGUUAUUGUACAUGAAAUUAAAUACAGUCACAUAACUUUCAUUUGCUUUUAAAUAUAAAAAUUGUGUUCCAACACAAAAUUUUUCUAAGAUUCUCAAUGGCAUACAGUUUUAUUCCAAUUGAGCAUUUACCAUUUAUCAUGUAAAUUUAUUGACAAGCUUUAUAGAUUUUUUUCAAUGUGUAUAAUAAAGCAAAUUGCUAGUAUAAAGGUGACAUAAAUUCUAUUUUAUCAGAUGAAUUGUAGUUACUACAUAUUAUUUAACCUCACACUAAUUUGAUUCUGUCAAAUAUCAUUCCAAUUUUGUAUGAAUAAAUCGUAGUAAUUAGACUGUUACUACGAAUAUGUAAUUAAAAAAAACAACAUAACUUCAUUCUAAAGGCAUAUUACCGGUAUUGUGAUACUAUUGCAAACCAUAGAAACUUUUACUUUACACAUCUUGUUUUUUAAUAUCACAAAAUAUUCCUCAACUUCUCUGUAAGAAUCACAAUCUUGAGUGUAAUUUACUUAUUAAUUAUAUGUGAACUAUAUCAUGAAAUGUGCAAUGGAUACAAAUUUCAAUCAAAUGUAAACAAUUGUGGAAUAAAUGAAAA